ACCUCUGUUUCCACCUGCACCUCUUUUAUGUCACCAAUCUACAUGAGUUUAAUUCUCAAACAUAUACAUCUUUAAGCACUAUAUCCCACUCCAGUUUGACCCAACAGGCUAAACCUGCCUUCUAACUUAUAUAACCUGCAUCUCUAUCCACCUGAAUACCUACCCUACAGGUGUAAUUCAAAUGUUUUAUUUUCCUCCAUGCCCUUUUUCUGCAUCGAGUCCAUCAACCUGCUGUUAUGUUUACCCCCAAAGUUUUAUUUAUAGGUCAAUGAUAAUGCCAUGGGUAAUUGAAAAAUACCCAGUGGGGAGUAAAUACAGGAAACAGUUGAUCAGCACAAGUCACCUGGGCAGAUGCUGGUAACCAGAGGACAACAUACUAACAUUGCCUUCUGUACAUCACUUACAGCUCACCUACAUACCUGAGCGAUGUUAUCUUACCAUACCAACCUCAGUCUAGCAGACAGACUGCCCAGUAACCAGCAUCAAAGACAUUUUUAAUGUCAAUCUUCCAAACUUCAUUCCAUUCUACUGACUCUAUCUGUUUUAUUCACAUCUUAAUCCACAUCCAACUUAUUUGGUAUGUAACCUUUACUCCUGACUAGUGAUGGGAGUAAAGCGAGUAUCGAUUGGGUAUCUCAUAAAGUGCUAACAUACAGGCUGUUAUGCUGCAACCCAGGUAAUAUAAAACCUAAAAAGAGCCAUUCAAGUGACCCACUGACCAGUAGAGGGCAGUGACUUCAUGUGAUCAAGUCCACCAUUUUAAGCUUAUCUUGAAUAAGCUUAAAAUGCUACAUGACAAAGAUGCACAGGGAAAUAGAAAUCACAAAGGAGGUAUUGAAAUUCACAGCGGUAGUUAUAUAAAGUCUCCAGCAGAGGACAGCAGAUUGCAAGAAUACCAGGCUCAGGGUUGCAAGGACACAACAUAGCAAUAAAAGUAAAUACAUUUUUUGGGCAAAGGACAAAUGAUCCGCAAACAGGGGGAGAAGGUAAUUAGUUUGAGUUCAUUGGAUGCUAAGCCACAAAACUGCAAGAACACAUAUAGUAAUACAUGGCCUUUAGGGGUGAGGUUGAAUUUACACAAGGUUUCAAGGAUUUAAAUAUGCUCAGAUAAAUAAGACUGAAGGACAUAAGGGUGCAGAGAAACAGCAUAACUUGUAAUGGAGCAAUAAUCUCCGUCAUGCUGGUACAUUUGUCUAUCUUUAGCUAACCCCUGUUAUUCAGGAGGUAUCAUGCUCAUUCUUUAAAUUACCAGACUGUGGACAAAACAGCUCUUCGAUACAGCCUCUGUUUGUUCAAUUGAUAAAAAGCCAAAUUGCUGACUUUGCUUAGCGGAGAUCCAACUGACAAAUCACAGCUGUAUCUGGUAUGGAGCACCCCACAGGCUGCUGGCUAAACAGCCCAAAGCUGGUGUGGACCUGGCCCAGACCCACACCAGUACAAGUUGAUAUGUCUGAUGUCUGAUGGAGCUAAGCCCCCGUGCUGCCCAGUUAAAGCCCAGCAGGAUUUAGAUAAAUGGUAAUACAAAAAGUCACAGGAAGUAAAAGUAAUUCAUGUCCUCAACAAUUACCUCUUCUUGGACCUAAUAUUACCACACUUUGCAGAAUGCUGGUAUUUAUUUUUUGUUAGAUUGUGGUAAUAGUUCCCUUCACUGAUCUGCAGAGGGUGGUAAGAACAUAUGAAUGAAUGAAUAUUUCCCCCCUAACUGCGUACAAUGUAAAAGCUUUGGAGCUACAGCCACACUAGGGUUAGCAGAAAAAUUUGCUUAAAGUUGACUAAAAAAAAAAGUCAUUUUAGCCCCGAAAUAAAUACAAUUUUGCUGUAUGGAAAAAAUGUAAUAACGAUUGAUUCAGAACAUUUGUAAAUGGGGCAAACAACUAAGGGUUAACAAGGACAGUAAUUUAAAAAUAUGGCCAUGAAAUUGCUACAAGUUAGCAAAACAUCUCAUCUUUAGCCUUGAAAGAGAACAUUUAACGCAAUUGCAGCAAUGUUCCUCUGUCAUAAACACCUAUUAAAGGCCUAUUAAAAUGACCCAGGCGGUAAGUUUUGGGUGUUUUUUGUUUGUUUUUUUGGGAGGGCCUCAUUCCAGGCCACGUUGUUUUUCCUUGGUCCUGCUUUUUUCUUGGUCCUGCUCCCUCGGGGUGAUGUGUAUGGGCAGAGGCUUGGUGUCUGGUUGUGUAGGUGACGCUGCAGGGUCCAAAUUCUGCUGACAGUGCCCGUCCCAUCAUGAGCUCAUGUCAUUCCAGAGAGAUCCAAGCUUAAGCCCCUCUUUCUGCCCCUCAGGUAUAAAAAGAGAGGCAGCACCUGGCUGACUCUGGAUCUGUCACCAUGGAUGUUUCUAUUCACCAUCCCUGGUUCAGACGUGGACUGGGCUCUAACUACAGUCCUAGACUCGUGGACCAGUUUUUUGGAGAAGGAAUGUUUGACUUUGACUUCUUCCCCUCUACCAUCAGCCCAUAUUACAGACAGUCUAUGUUCCGCAGCUUCUGGGAUUCUGCAAACUCUGGAAUCUCUGAGGUGAGGUCUGACAGAGACAAGUUCACAGUCUACCUGGACGUCAAGCAUUUUUCUCCCGAUGAGCUCAGCGUAAAGGUCACCGAUGACUAUGUGGAGAUCCGGGGCAAGCAUGAUGAAAGACAGGACGACCAUGGCUAUAUCUCCCGCCAGUUUCAGCGCCGUUACCGCCUCCCCUCCAACGUCAACCAAUCAGCAGUCACCUGCUCCCUGUCUGCCGAUGGAGUCCUGACUAUCACUGGUCCGAAGGCCAGCGCUCAAGGUGAAUCAGUUUACAACGAGCACAGCAUUCCAGUCACCCGUGACAACAAGACCAACUCCACUGCUGAUGAAGCUUCUUAGAAGUUCAAAGGUCGUCAACAAUACUGGAAUAUUGGACAACCUACACAAACUAGCAUUUGAUUAUUAGGGAUAAUACAAAAAAUAGUCACUGCAUCUGCAGGCAACUUUGGAAAAUUCUUUAACAUUCUAUAUUAAAAAAAGUGUUGUUCAAAUGUGUGUUUCCAAUCUCUGUUGCUUUACCUUUGACAUACGUACAUAGCAUAAUAAUAAAAAUA